AUGGUGACGGAUAAGUUGAACAGGCUCGGAAUUCCGAUAGAAGACCUUCGCGGGCAAUCGUACGAUAAUGCUAGCAACAUGUCGGGCAUCUACACUGGACUGCAAGCUAGGAUUAAGGCCGUCAAUCCUCAGCAGAGAUCGACGCAUCGUUGGGCUGUUCUACUAGACAUCCUACGAGCAAGUAAGAAGAAGGGGUUUAAAGUUCCUAAGAGUCUCUCCCAGACCCGCUGGUCUGCUCGUGCUGACGCUGUCAUUGCCUUGAAAGAGGGCUAUCCAGAAUUUAAAUCCGCAUUAAUAGGGAUUGCAGCUGAUUCAACUCAAACUCCAAGAACCAGAGCGGAAGCCAAUGGACUUAUCCAAAAGUUCAACAAACUCGAAACAGCCGUGCUGACAGUAAUUUGGGCCACGGUAUUGGAACGCGUAAACAAAGUCAACAAGCAGCUGCAAUCCGUAGCAAUUGACCUUGGCAUUGUAGUAGAGCUCUAUUCUUCGCUUGUUGCAUUUAUUAAAGAGGUCCGAGACAACUAUGACAAUUACGAAAAACAGGCUGUGGAACUGGUUGGAAUGGAGAUGGGGUCACUUGUCUACUCUGCUGAUGAAUGCCGACAGCGGACCCGCAAGCGACACCAUGAUGAAAUGGACAGUGCUUCUGACACCACUUUUACGGGCCGUACUAAGAUGAUCGCUGAAGUCAACAUCAUGCUGGAUCAACUAACAGCAGAGCUCCGACGAAGGCAACAAGCCUAUUCGCAACUACACGCCCGUUUUGGAUUUCUUACGAUGCUCCCCGACUUGGACGCAAGAGCCAUCACUUCUCAAGCACAAAAUCUUGUUAACCAUUAUCCUAAUGACAUUGAGCAGUGUUUCCCGAAUGAAUGCCUUCAGUUCAAGAGUUUCGUUCCUCCACACAUCGGUGAAGGGCUAAAGAAGCGGAAGCCAAGCGGGCUGGACCUAAUCCGGAUCAUGCGAGAAAAGAAACUGCAAGCGAUUUUUCCAAAUGUAGAUAUAGUCCUUCGAAUAUUCCUCUCCACAGCUGUUACGAAUUGCUCCGGCGAGCGAUCCUUCUCCACUUUAAAACUGAUCAAAAACUAUCUACGGUCUACCAUGGUCCAACAACGAUUAUCAGCACUUGCGCUUCUUCAAAUUGAAAACGUUAUUUUGAAUUUCAUUGACGUGGAGGGUGUUAUUAAUUUAUUUUCUGCUUCAAAAUGCCGCCGAAAGUGCUAA